UUAUUUUCUGCUCCGGCGUUGUGGAGGCAGAGAGUGGAACCGGGAGCGUCGCUAUUCGCCAACCUGUCAGGAUACGGAAUAACUAAACCCGCCGAGUAAUUUGGAUUAACGCUGAAUCGGUGUGUUUCUGCUGCACUCAUGGCUGCGAGCGGAGCGGCUCGGAGGAGAGAGGGGGAUUUAAAUGUCUCUCCCCCCCGCGGACAGCAGCCUCUCUCGGUCUGAAGUCGUCUCGGUGCAGCGGUGCAGAGAACCGGGCUGCGUUUGUUUACACGUCGCCUCCAAGUUAAAUAAACACGAGGAAAGUUGUUUCCCGUCGAUUUAGCCGCGCUGUUCACUUCAUUUCGCGCCGGUUCUUUGAUUUUUCUCUGAGGUUUUUUUUGGGGGGUAGUUUUUGUUUUUUGUCCAGCGGAAGGGGGGUUGGUCGGAGAGCGGAGGUGGAGGACUGAAGACGGCUCACCGAGUCGGGACUGACCGCUGGAGGUGGUCCUGAAAAUGGAGGCUGUGAUCGAGAAGGAAUGCAGCGCGCUUGGAGGACUCUUCCAGACUGUGAUCGGAGACAUGAAAAGCAGCUACCCUAUUUGGGAGGACUUUAUCACCAAGGCCGGCAAACUGCAGUCGCAGCUGAGGGCGACUGUUGUUGCCGUGGCGGCCUUCCUGGAUGCCUUCCAGAAGGUGGCCGACCUGGCCACCAACUCCAGAGGCGGCACCAGAGACAUUGGAUCUGCGCUCACCAGGAUGUGCAUGAGGCAUCGCAGCAUCGAGGCUAAACUCAAGCAGUUCUCCAUGGGCUUCCUGGAGGGUCUGAUCAACCCUCUCCAGGAACAGAUGGAGGAGUGGAAAAGAGGAGUCAACACUUUGGACAAGGACCAUGCAAAAGGUUGUAAAAGAGAGUACAAAAGAGCUCGGCAGGAAAUUAAGAAGAAAUCCUCGGACACAUUGAAACUCCAGAAGAAAGCAAAAAAAGCUGACACUUUUGGCCGUGGUGAUUUUCAGCCCCAGCUGGACAGCGCCAUGCAGGACGUCAGUGAUAAAUACAUCCUGCUGGAGGAGACGGAGAAACAGGCGCUGAGGAAGGCUCUGAUUGAGGAGCGGCAGAGGUUCUGCUGGUUUGUCGCCAUGCUGCGACCUGUUGUGGAUGAAGAGAUUUCUAUGUUGGGAGAGGUCACCCAUCUCCAGGCCAUCUCUGAUGACCUCAAGGCCUUGACCUCUGACCCACACAAGCUUCCUCCUGCGAGCGAACAGGUGAUCUUAGACCUGAAGGGCUCAGACUACGGUUGGUCGUAUCAAACACCUCCGUCAUCUCCGAGCACCACCAUGUCCAGGAAGUCGAGCAUGUGCAGUAGUCUGAACAGCGUUAACAGUAGUGACUCCAGGGGAUCCAGUGGCUCUCACUCUCAUUCUCCUUCCUCCUCUUCUUCCUCUUCUUCCUCACACCACCUCUUCCACCACCAUCACCCCCGCCACCGAUACCGCAGCUCCACGCUGCCCCAGCAGACCCCGGUGAGGCUCUCCAGCAUCUCCUCCCACGACUCGGGCUUCAUUUCGUCGUCGCAGGACCACCACACGUCGUCCAAAUCGUCCUCGCCGAUGCCAGCUGAAACAAAGCCUCGUCCCAAUUCCAGCUCCUCUGAGGUGUCAGAGACUGGGCCGCUUCCCAGUGACUGCAGCCCCCCCUCUCCUCUAGCUGCUGCUACUGCACCUCAGCACAACACUGACAAGCUGUCCAACGGCUUUGACCACUACAGCCCGGCCAGCUCCCCCUACUUGCACAGCAACGGGGGCAGUUUGGGCUCGGUGUCAGGCACCGCCUUCCCCUUCUUCGCCCCCGCCUCCACGUCAUCCUCCUCCCCUUCCCCAUCCACCACCUCCACCUCCUGCCCCACCCGCUCGUGGUCACGUCCGGCCUCGGCCUUGCUCCCAGACUACCCCCACUACUGCACCCUGGGCUCCCCCAUGGUGCCUUCAUCUCGAGUGCCCAGCUGGAAGGAUUGGGCGAAGCCGGGGCCCUACGACCAGCCGAUGGUCAACACACUGAGGAGGAAGAAAGACAAGGAGAGCCCAGCGGUGGUGGACAGUAACGGGAACGUCGGCACCGACAGCGGUCCUCCGUCAGUCCAGGCUUCCAUCUCCACCUCUGCACCUCCGGCUGCCCUGCAGACACAGAGCCAGUCAACGUCGAUGGAGGACAAGAACAGGAUCGUGGCUCCACCCCUUAAGGCCGGGGAUGUGGAGGCCCACGAGGAGCUGGCUCUGGCCUUAUCCAGAGGUCUGGAGCUGGACACACAGAGGUCCAGCAGAGACUCCAUCCAGUGCUCCAGCGGCUACAGCACGCAGACCAACACGCCCUGCUGCUCGGAAGACACCAUCCCAUCUCAAGUUUCAGACUACGACUAUUUUUCAAUGGCCGGGGAUCAAGAGCCCGAGCAGCCGCAGCCGCUGGACUUCGACAAGUCCUCCACCAUCCCCAGAAACAGCGACAUCAGUCAGUCCUACCGGCGCAUGUUCCAGACCAAGCGGCCGGCGUCCACCGCCGGGCUGCCCAGCACGCAGGCGCCCUACGCCGGACAGGGCGUCUAUCAGCACACCGCUCCGUAUCCCACCACACCCGUCCACACGGGGGCGUAUCCUUCUGCCCCUGCUGGACCCUAUCCUCCCACCCCGACAGGCCACGGUCCGAUCAUCGUCACCCCCGGGGUCGCCACCAUCCGCCGCACCCCGUCCUCGAAGCCGUCCGCCCGCCGCUCGGGCUCCGCCGUCGGCGCCGGUCCCAUUCCCAUCCGCACCCCCGUGGUCCCGGUGAAAAUCCCCACGGUGCCGGACACGUCUGCGGUCAACGGCAGCCGGGGCGCCGAGGAGACGAGGGGAGGCGCGGAGAGCCCGGACUCUCCAACAUUUACGGGGGGAGAGGACGGCGGCUCGCUGCCCGGGGUGUCCUGGAGCGGCCAGGCCACCACCAACCCCCCCACCGUGCCUCCGCCCGGCCAGACGUCCCUGCAGCACCUCCAGGGCGAGACUGAAGAGGAGGCGGGAGAACAGGGGGAAGGAAACAUGCUGGUGGCCAUCCGCAAGGGGGUCAAGCUCAAGAGGACCCUCACCAAUGAUCGCUCUGCGCCGCGCAUCGCGUGAUCACAUCCUCACAAACCAGGCUCACAGACAAACAUGUGACCCCCCCCCCCCCCCCCCCCAUCUGGUGUAUAUUAGGUUCAAAAAGCUUUAGAAGAUGUUGCUAAUAGAAAUGCGAUCUAGGAAAAGAAAAGGCGUCUUGUUUUAGUGUCAGGAAUCAGUAGUACCUGCUCUACCUGCUGUAUUUCUACAUCUUGACUCCUUUUUCCUGCAACUUAGAAAAGAACCUAGAGAAAGUCUUUAAUUUGGUUCAUCAUUCUCACUAAAGCCAGAACAAACAGCACAACAGUUCAGGACUCACGCAGACCUCAGACCUGCGGUAUCGGCUGAGUUACGGCACACAUUCGUGAGUAUAAGUGACGAGUCUUCCACCGAUUAUGGCCAGUCGCUGCAGUGCUUCUGUAAAUCCGGCCGCACAUCGUGCGUAAUCAAAGUGUUAAACAUUAGCUUGUGUUUUUGUUAAUAGAUAGCUAGAAGUUGCACCACGCAGUUCUCCUUUAGGAUGGGAGGACAGUAUAGAUUUCCACUCAGUGUAAAUCAGAAAGGCAAACCACGCAAUAGUAUGGGACUGCAUUGUGAAAGUAUGCUGGUUGUUCUGCAGUAACCACUGCAGCGCAUCUCUAGAGCAAUAAUCAGGUCCACCAGGAGGUCGCCGCUCACUGGUGGGCUUUCCAUCGCGUCGUCCGGCGACUCCCAGACUGCAGUGACUUGUUAGGGAGGAUCAGACGGCGCAGAAAGGUGCUGUGUUGACAGAGAACUCCACAUCGAGUGUGCAAACUGGAGCACAGCAUGCAUCGGCCCGGAGAAGCUCUGUGAGCCGGAGUCUGACCAGCUGAGUUUCCUUCAAUAAAGCAAAGGAACGGAUUUCGGCUGAGCAACUGAGCUGCAUCCAGGAGUCUGCAGUCUGACCACAGCGUGACAUUAAGGGACGCUACAUGUUGUUUUCUGUUUUCAGCAAUCACGCGGUUUGUACAUAAUUUUGCACGUCUCCGAGUGCUUCUCUCCAUGACUUUGCUGUAUUUUCACAUUUCUCUUUCCUCCCCGCUGUGCCAAAAUCACAUCUUUGGAUGGGAUCUAAUAAUCAUCAUCCCUCCCCAUCGCCUUGAGAUAUAUAUUAGUUUUACUCUCCACUGAUUUACCCCCCUCUCAGUAGACAUCCUCAGUGGUUUGUCUUAAUAUAUGAGCCCUUUCUUUUUGUUGAAUUAGUUUGCAGCGAUAAUUACAAAUCCCGUCUGUUGUAUAUUGACAGCUCAUAGCAUGACUCGUAGAUCUGAAAAUAAACCUGUGCCAUGUGAGAACACGGUGGCAUGUCAGGUUUGUAUCGGCUUCAACACUUUAUAGAAGCGAUGUGGGACGUUUUUCAUGUUUUCAAACUGGCAACGCCGCGUCGGAUUGUGGUUCUUCCUUUUUAUAUUUGCUUUUUUCCUGUUUGUUUGAUUUUUUUUUUACUGUAAUCUGUUAAAAAACAUGCCUGUGUGCUUUUGAUCAGAUGGAUUAUCGUCACGCUUUGAUUUUCAUUGUUUUUCUAUCGUGAGUGUCAAAGAUGACGAGUCCACCAUGUGCCGAUUUUUUGCUACAGUGAAACUUAGGCUAUCAGAUUAAAUUCAUUGUAUAAUUUAAGAAAUAUGUUUAUAGGUACAGCUUUUAUUUGAACCUUAACCUUAGGAUGUUUUGGAGAUAAGAGGCUCAUCCUCUGACACCGUCGCUGUUCGACUAAAGGCUACAACGGCUAACUAGUGCCACCGUCUGUAUUUUAAUUUGCAUUUCAGUUCAAGCACUGUGAGACCAUGGCUACUACAAGAUGUAUUAAAUUGUAAAUAUCUCGCUGCAUACAUAUUAGUCCAGGAACUCACACGUUGUUGUUUUUAAUUUAUUCUUUAUUUCAAUCUUUAAAUGUCCUUUUUUUCCUUCUCGACCUAUCUCUAUUUUUAUACCUACUGUAAAAAUACCAGAGCAAACAGGGCUGUCUCCUCCACUGAGGAUCGGAUCAGUCAGAGGUUCAUGACCCUUCCUCCGCCACUCACUGACGUCCCUUAUUUCACACACAUUUGUUGUAUUUUUGGUGUUCACCUCAGUUCAGGCUGAUUCAGAUGUUUGGAGACGUUGAAACGGGUUGCAUCAGUAUUAUGAGUUGUGUGAUCAGACGGAGCUGGGAACACGUUUCCCUCCGUGUGGCGAUCGUUUAAAUCGGUGGUUACUUCCUGUUUGUUAAGACUUAUCGAAAGAAAAUAGACUGACAUCUCGGAACAGUUUUGAUUAAUUGAUUUUAAAUAUCUAAUUUUUUUUUUUCCGUCCACUCAUCUAAAAUGUGUAUUAUUGAACUGUAAUUCCCAUAUAUUUAAAACGUUAGUAUAAAUAUAUAUUAUAUAUUGCCAAAUGUCAGUAUAUCCUAUGAAUAAGAAGUUUAUAGUUUGUGAAAGUUUGACAGUACGAUGAAACUUGUUUUCUAGUUUAGAGUUUAGCUGACCCCCCCCCCACAAAGAGAGAGUUGAGCUCUCCGUCUGUCCCUGUAUAGUUCAGUCUAUGAUGCAGUUUGUUUCAGGAGGUAUAAAAAAA